GUCUCAAACCAUCGGGUGACCGCAGGCGCUGCGUGUCUGCACUCGAAAUUAGUAGUGGAUGAUGACCUUGAUUCAAACUUAGUGCCACGUGCCCCAUCCGCCUUGUCACCGUGAGGCUGAGUUCCUUUCCCUUUCCCUUUAGCUCCUUGCUCUCUUAAGUAGAGUACUCAAGUCAUUGUCGGUGAUCUCUGCUCAAUACCACCUGCUUUGUCGCAUGUAUCUGCCAGAACCCGUACCACGAAACGUCCAUGAAGAUAGGAGUCCCCCAUGCGCAUGAGCCCUGAGCGCUGAGCGUUCAUUUGUCUUUCUGCGCGAUUUGUCCACUAUCGUCCUCAUCGGCGGCGUUGCAGCCCGCCCAUAAUUAUUCUGGUGUACCCCAUCAGGUGGUCAACGUUCCGGGACCAUCGGAAUCUCCUCUCCGAGUUUGCCCGCAGCUUCUUUAUGACGGUAUUGCUUUCAUCAUAACUCAGCGUGAAUCACCUCAAGCAAGCACCCGCAGGCUUUCAAAAUGUCCAUGAUUGUCAGAACGCGUUUAUCCAGAGUCGAUUCAAGUCUUUUCAAGACCUCCGCCAGACAUUUUUCGUCAAGUACCUCCAGGUCGAAAGAGAGACUUGUGAUCCUCGGGUCAGGAUGGGGUGGUUAUGAAAUUCUUCGAGGGAUUGACAAGAAGCGGUGGGACGUAACCAUGGUCACACCGAAUAACUAUUUCAACUUCACGCCACUGCUUGCAGGUUGUGCUGUUGGAACCCUCGAGCUGCGUUGCGCUAUCGAGCCGGUCCGACGUUAUGCUACCCAGAUCACGUCCUACCAGGCGUGGUGCGAUGAAAUAGACUUCAGACAGAAACGACUUACUUGUGUUCCCGCGACGCCUCCCGUACCCUAUUCAUCCUCAUUUGAACCAUCGAGUAGCAAUACCCUCGCCCCUCGACCAGGUUCGACUGGCCAAUCAUUUACGAUGUCGUAUGACAAGCUUGUCGUUGCAGUCGGUGCCUACUCCCAAACCUUCGAUAUUCCUGGAGUUAAGGAGUAUGCUCACUUUCUGAAGGACGUCAAGGAUGCUCGAACGAUCCGAAGCAGAAUCCUUGAGUGCUUUGAGCAAGCUAACCAACCGAUGAUGUCUGACAUUGACCGUCGGAACGUCCUCCACUUUUGCGUUGUUGGGGGUGGCCCUACCGGUGUAGAAUUUGCUGCAGAACUGCACGACCUGCUUCACGCGGAAAUCAGGCAACACUAUCCAAAUCUUGCCAAAAUGACCAAGAUAAGCUUAUAUGACGUCGCACCUAAUAUCCUUGGAAUGUUCGACAGCCAGCUUGUACAAUAUGCAGAAAAGAAAUUUCGUAGGGACGGGGUUGAUCUCUUCACGAGUCACCAUGUAGAACGCGUCGAGAUGGGCAAACUUCACGUGAAGGAACAGGGCGAAGUCCCGUUCGGCUUGCUUGUAUGGUCAACAGGACUCGCACCCAACCCGUUGAUAAGCUCUAUCACUGACCUCAAGAAAACGCCGCGAAGCGUAUCCACCAACGAAUACUUGAACGUCAUCAAGGACGAUGGAAGUCCGGAUCCAGAUGUGUGGGCCAUAGGAGAUGCUGCCUCCAUUGAAGGGGAUCCCAUGCCUGCAACAGCUCAAGUUGCUAAUCAAAAAGCUGCGUACCUUGUGAAGAAGCUGAACAAAGUCGUUCGAGAUAAGGAAUAUACUCAACCCUUCAAAUUCAAUAAUAGAGGAAGUCUGGCAUACAUUGGAAAUUGGAAAGCUGUAUAUGAUCGGUCUGCGGUUGACAAAGACGGCCCUUUAAGCAAGGAAACAGGGAGGACGGCGUGGCUCAUAUGGCGCUCAGCCUACUUCACAAUGACGCUAAGUGCACGAAACAAAAUUCUUGUUCCUUUCUACUGGUUCCUCAAUUGGAUCUUUGGACGCGACCUUACCAGGUUCUAAAAGCCGUCGAAUGUUCAACGUCAUCUUGAAAAAAUACACAAAACCUUUCUCCCCAUCUGAGCACUGCUAUCCGUGCCUCACUAGACAUAACUUAGAACUCGAGAUAGUGUACAGUCUCUGACUACACGUCCUACGUAAUGAUACAAGAUUCACAAAAACCCGCGGAAACAUCCUACAGUAUCUUUCGUGACGGUGUAUCGACCGCCGUCGUCUACCUGGCUUUCAUUUAUCAUCCUCGCCCACGAAGGAUCGACACUUUCUGAUCUUUCAACCUCCCCGUCUCGAUUGAGACCUAUAUGUCCCAGAUGGGCGAAAGAGCUGCUCCUUGGUAGUGAAAUCAUUGUGGAGGUGAUUCUGGGUGUCCUUUCAGAAAUGGAGGCAGGCUUGUCUCUGGAUCGAAGACUCCUCAUUCUGGGGAACGUUGUCCACACCCUGACGGGUGCUGUCUGAGAUCGUGCUAAAACCCCUUGGUGGCGCUUGACGACCUCGCUGAACGCGUGGCUCUCUGCAUCGAUCUCAAAGAGAAAUCCCCAUAACCUGCUCUUGAAAAAGAAGGGAGGAAACUAUUCAGGAUCCGCGAUAUGAAACACACAGGCAGACAAAAAAAAAGUUUGUACUACCCUGCCAUUGAAUAUGUGGAAGAACGGCUUGUCCAUCGUAUAGGUGAGGUUAUCUGGGACAGGAAACAACCAGUUGAUCUUCCCCGAGAUGGGAUCCAGAAGACGGAACCAGUAACACUCUACAUCCAUGAUUCCGGUAUGCACAUCGCUCAAGUGAGCGCUCGAUCCUGAUCCAUCAGAAUCGGUCUCCCGAGGGUACUCUUCAUCCCUCCCAAAGAUGACCUUGCCCCUCUGGUGAAAGUACUGCCAUUCAGGGGUAUACGGUUGUGUGAGAGUAAGACGGAAGCGGUAGAACCGUUCAUCUGGGGCUUUGGGGACAAUAAUUGAGAGAACAUGUGGUUCAGUAUGGGGAACGGAAAGGAGGAGGGCUGGGCAACGCUUCGCGAAGAAAGGAUUAUUAUGAAGAGUUCAAUGCCUCAUGGAGACCAUGAGUCCUUACCAGCAAAAUAUGCCCGCAGGCGUUGAUCGCAGAAAAUGGGCUGCCAAAGGG